AUAAGCCUAACAGUGGCGAAAUGUUGGGACCCCUCUCCUAGAAGCUACUUCACCAUCCCUAGAGCCGAGCCGGUGAGACCCAUCGACCCUGCUGCCUGGAUCUCACACACUACAGCACUUUCUGGGCCAUACCCCCAUUAUGGUAUGAUCAAAGUCAAAUCUUCUGUUAAUAGAAUGGCAGACUUAUCAUGCUCAACACUGUUAUUUCUCCCUCAUUUCACAGAGUUUGAUGACCUCCCCCUUUCGGUGUCAAAAACAGACAUGGCAACUAUAGUAAAGGUCAUGCAGCUACCAGAUUCAGGCCUGGAGAUCAGAGACCGAAUGUGGUUGAAGAUCACUAUAGCCAACGCUGUCAUCGGGGCUGAUGUUGUCGACUGGUUGUUCUCACGGGUGGAGGGCUUCAAGGACCGUCGGGAUGCUAGAAAAUACGCCAGCAGUUUGUUGAAACACGGCUACCUGAGACACACA